AUGGCUCAAUCCACGCAAUGCUACCUUCCUCGGUUCGCUUCGACGGUUGACGGGCCAAAACGCCCAGUCUCGAUGAAGACGAGACCAACGGUUGCUCAACAUGCGCAGUUAUUAACCGCAUGGAACGAACAUCGUCUGGAUCCAAUCCUACGAGCCGCCUGGGCUCUCUUGUUGCAUUACUAUAUCCGGUCUGAGGAUAUAUGCUUCGGUUACCAACAUCUCGAGGGAGACUCUCGCUCCCUCAAAUCAUCUGUACACUGUUCUACGGGCGUCAACAUCUCGACGAUCCACAUAUCCAUCAACGACAAUGACACCACCUCAGCAAUUGUAGAUAAGAUGCGCGCAAACAAUGCGAUUCCCCAUGGAAGCUCGGAGGCUGUUUCCGAGGCAUAUCUUCCUUUCAACACCAUCUUCAUGCUGCGCACAUACGACCCUCCUGCUUCUCCUUCAAAACCCAUUCUUGCCACAGCCCUUCCAGACGAGUGUCAAGUCCGCCUCCAUAUCAAGGUGCUGCGUGGAGACAUCAGCAUCUUCCUUGAAUGGCACAAGGGUCACAUGUCUGGGGAGCAGAUGAAGAGUAUCGCAAACAUUUUUGAGCAGUUGCUUGCCAAAGUCCUUUCCGCUGAGAACACCGCUAUUAGCCAGCUUAAUUUGUUCUCCGAGAACGACUGGCAACGCAUCCGCAAGUGGAACUCCAGUACCCCACGACUUUACGACCGCUGCAUUCACGACGCCAUCCAUGAUCAAAUGUUGAGCGGACCUGAUCGUGAGGCUGUGUGUGCGUGGGAUGGAAGUUUGACGUACGCCGAGUUGGACCACCAAGCGUCGAAGCUUGCAUGCUAUCUUCGCAUGCAGGGAGUCGGACCGGAAGUCCGCGUGGCUUUGUGUUUUGAUAAAUCGAAAUGGAACAUCGUUGCAAUGCUUGGCGUGAUGAAAGCCGGCGGUGCUUUUGUCCCAUUGGACCCGACUCACCCAACUUCCCGACUACAAGCUCUCAUCCAAUCGGUUCAGGCACCGGUUGUGUUGUGCUCCCAGCAUCUUGCCGACAAACUUCCGAUCGUGAAGACUUUAAUACCUCUUUGCUCUGAUACACUAGAUCCUCUGUCGGAACCCGCCGACAAUGUCAAUCUUGCAUCGGGUGUCACAAGUCAAAAUGCGGCUUAUGUUCUGUUUACCUCUGGAUCAACAGGUGAACCCAAGGGAACCCUGUUGGAGCACCGCGCGUUCCUAUCCGGGGCUAUGGUGCAUGGCCCCGGUCUGCGUAUCUUCCGCAACUCGCGAUGUCUUCAAUUUGCCGCCCACACAUUCGAUGCCAGCUUGGCCGAAACGUUGACGCCACUCAUUCAUGGCGCAUGUGUGUGUAUUCCUAGCGAGGAAGCUCGCCUUAACGAUAUCGUGAGCACGAUCAACGAGAUGCGAGUCAAUCAAGCCUGCUUCACCCCAUCAUUCAUCGGCUUUAUUGAAAUUGACAGCGUGCCAGGACUGGAGAGUUUAGUUCUGGCCGGGGAGGCAAUGUCGCAAUCGCAGCUGGCUACCUGGUCCAGAAUCAAACUGGUCAAUGGGUACGGACCGACCGAGGCCAGUGUCGCAUCCGUCCUCAACUCCAAUGUCACACCUGAAACAGAUUGUAAAGAUAUCGGCCUGCCCAUUGGUGUGAGGACUUGGCUUGUGAACCCUGAUAACCACGAUGAGUUAGUUCCCGUGGGCUGCCCCGGGGAAUUACUUUUGGAAGGUCCACCCCUGGCCCGGUGCUACGUGAAUAAUCCACAAAAGACAAACGAAUCGUUCAUCUACGACCCUGCCUGGACUACCUUGGACCCUGAAAGUCGGUCUAACCGUAGAUUCUACAAGACAGGUGAUCUCGUCAGGUACAACUCCGAUACGGGUGCCAUGAAUUACAUUGGUCGGAAAGAUACGCAGGUCAAGGUUCACGGACAACGAAUUGAGCUCGGGGAGAUUGAGAAUCAGCUCAGCAAAGAUUUGAACGUCACUCAUUGUUCUGUUCUCUUCCCCAAGACUGGAUUCUCUAAGGGACGCCUGACCGCAGUUCUCGCUUCCACCGGAUUGCUUGCUGAACAAUCUGAUUCGGACUUGCGGCCUCUACGACUUGUCUCUGCCUCGAAAAAGGUUGAGCUUGUCCCCAGCAUCCGAGAGCGCCUGUCAGCUUGCCUCCCCACUUAUAUGGUCCCCGCGGUUUGGCUGUGUGUUGAAGCCCUUCCACUUUUGCCAUCGGGGAAACUAGACCGCAAGGGAAUUUCCACUUGGGUCGCAGGUAUGGAGAGUGAUCCAGAUCUUCAGACCAACACCUCUGUCGCAAUCCUCGGCACAGAGGCAUCUAAGCCCACCAAUGACAGAGAGGAAGCUUUAGCUGCUGUAUAUAGCCGUGUCCUCAACAUUCCCCCGAAUCAGCUCAACUUGAAUGAGAGCUUCCUCGCUCUCGGCGGUGAUUCGAUCGCAGCUAUGACAUGUAUAGGCCUCUGCAAGAAACGAGGGUUUUCCCUCUCUGUACAAGAGCUGCUUCGCAGCAAAUCAAUCCGCGACCUCGCAACUCGCGCAAAGACAAUUGACCACCUUACGACUUACGAAGAAGCUGUCGAUGAACCAUUUAGCCUAUCACCCAUCCAGAUCCUUCACUUCGGUGUACGCAGGGAAGGUCAAGGCCAUUUCAAUCAAGGAAUCCUCACCCGCUUGAACAAACCCGUCGAUGAACGCACCCUUCGCAAAGCUGUCGAAACAUUGGUAUCCCGGCACUCCAUGCUUCGUGCACGAUUUACGGAUACAGGAUCCGCGACCGCAUUGAGUCAACACAUUACCCGCGAUAUAAAGGGAUCUUACAGAUGGCGGAUGCACAAUCUUGGCAGCAUGGAAGAGGUCAAGAUUCAUGUGGCCGACAGCCAGUCUUCUAUCAACUGCUUUUCUGGCCCGUUGCUUGCAGUGGAUUAUUUCUUGGUGAAGGGCCAGCCUAAUGUCUUAUCCAUGACAGCUCACCACUUGGUUGUCGACAUUGUCUCUUGGAGAAUUAUUCUGGAAGAUUUGGAAGACAUCGUCUUGAACCCCGAGAAGACAGAAACGAGUGAUAACUCCUUGCCAUUCCAGACCUGGUGUCGCCUGCAGAAUGAGCACUGCAAUGUCCUCCGUGCUGAGCAAAAGGUUGCAACCGAUGCUCUCGCUGCACCAAAUUUUGGUUACUGGGGCCUCAAGGACACUCAAACAACAUACGGGGAUGUGGAUUGUGCCUCGUUUGAGAUCGACUUAGCCCACACCAACGCCAUUCUUCUGGAAUGCCACAAACCUCUUGAUACCGAGCCAAUUGAUCUUUUCCUGGCAGCAAUGCUUCACUCAUUUGGCCGAGCUUUCCCGGAUCGUUCUCUUCCAACGAUCUACAAUGAGGGCCACGGGAGAGAGGUUUGGGACCCAUCCAUUGAUAUCUCGCAUACUGUUGGCUGGUUCACAAUUGUGCACCCGAUCUUCGUUUCUGCAUACAAGGCAGACAAUCCCAUUGAUACACUGAUCCAAGUGAAGGAUCUUCGCCGUCGUGUCUCAGACAAUGGUCGCGCAGAUUUCGCCAGCCGCGUCCUACCCCUGCAGGGCAAUGAAGAGUCUCAGCAUCCCCACCCCUUUGAGAUCUCGUUCAACUAUGUUGGUCAGCAUCGAGAUUUGCAGAGGAAAGAUGGUCUGUUCCAGCUUGUUGAUCAGAUGGCUGGAGAAGCGGGCCAAGGAGGCGGUGCCGCUGACUUUGGAGCUGAGACUCCCCGCUUCGGUCUAUUCGAGAUCUCUGCGAUGGUCGUCGCUGGAAAAGUCCGAUUCAACUUCUCAUUUAACAAGUUUAUGGAACACCAGAGUCGUAUUCACCGGUGGGUUUCUGAAUGCCACAGACUACUUGUGACUCUGGCUGAGCAGCUUCCUACCCUCGCACCCCGUUUGACUCUCAUGUCAUUCCCCAUGCUGUCAUUGACCUACCCUACCUUGGACAAGUUGCUAAAUGAGAAGCUGCCUGCUAUGGGCAUCGAAUCCCCAGAUCUUGUCGAGGAUAUCUACCCUUGCUCUCGUAUGCAGCAGGGUAUCCUCCUUGGUCGCAAGCGAGAUAGCUCAUACUAUGCUGUCCACGACACUUUUGAGAUCAAGCCCACCGGAUCUAGUGGCCCAAAUCUCGACCGCCUAGUCAACGCAUGGCAGCAGGUUGUUUCUCAUCAUGCGAUGUUCCGGACAAUAUUCGUUGAGAAUCUCACUCCUCGGGACCCGUUCUGCCAGGUCGUACUGAAGAGUUAUGAUGCUACUCCUGUCUUCUUGCGGUCUUCAGGGGAAGAUGAUUUGCUUUCAACAUUUGACCGCGAAGACCCCAAGGAUUACAGCCAGCCUGAACCAGCGUACCGUUUCACUAUUUGCCAGACACCAACUGGCAGAUUGUUUGCCCGGAUUGAGCUCAGCCAUGCUGCAAUGGAUGGGAACUCAAUGUCAAUCAUCUUUCGUGACUUGGAGCUCGCAUACGCUGGUAGACUCGAGGAAACCCCCCAGCCUCUGUUCAAAGAUUAUAUGCAGUACCUUCAAGAUGCGCCGAAGGAAGCCAGCAUAAACUACUGGCGCUCUUACUUAGAUCAAGCUAAGCCGUGCCAUUUCCCCGCCCUCACCGAUGGCCAACAACCGCCCAAGGCACUUCGGUCCAUCCCUGUCAAUUUCGGGGGACUCAGCGAACUCCAAUAUGUCUGUGAAAAGCGCGGAAUCACGCUUGCAAAUGUAUUCAAUGCUGCGUGGGGCCUCACUCUCCGCGCCUUCUGUGGAUCUGACGAUGUUUCCUUCAGCUACAUGGCAUCCCUGCGUGACGUGUAUGCUGACGGCGUGCAAUGGGUUAUCGGGCCAGUCAUCAACCUCCUAGUUUGUCGCAUGAAGGUUUCUGAUGAUGCUAAGCUCAGUGAUGUGCUUCAUCAAAUCCAGAACGACUAUAUGGAGAGUCUUCCUUACCGCCACACUUCGCUUAUUGACAUUCAACAUGCUUUGAAGCUGUCCGACACCAAUUUGUUCAAUUCUGGUGUCUCCUAUCGCCGACUCCCCAGCUCUAAGGAUACAAUCAGCAGCGAUAUCAAGUGCGUCGAGGUUGGAUCAAUCCACGAUCCUGCUGAGUUCCCAGUCUUCAUCAACAUCGAGGCCAUGGACACCACCGCUCGGAUUGACCUCAACUACUGGACUACCACCCUGUCCGAUUUCCAGGCUGCUAAUGUGGCAAAUACCUAUCUUCGUUGCCUGGAGAACAUCGUAUCGAAUAUAGACGGUGAAAUCCGCCAGUUAGACACCCUGAGCGAGGAAAACCGAGCCCAGAUCAUGUCGUGGAACAGCAAGACUCCCAAGCCCUUUCAGAAGUGCGCCCAUUACGUUGUCCAAGAGAUGGCCAAUAAACGCCCUGAUGCGUUGGCUGUCACUGCUUGGGAUGGAAACUUGACGUACUCCAAGUUGGAUCAAUUCUCCUCUCGAUUGGCAAGUUAUCUUGUCACCUUCGGCGUCAGUCCUGGCACCCUUGUCCCCAUCUGCUUCGAGAAGUCCGUGUGGAACAUGGUCUCCAUAUUGGCAAUCAUGAAAGCUGGUGGUGGCUGUAUCCCAGUUGACACACCUCAGAGCUUGGCCCUGGUUGAGAAGUGGGUUGUGGAUAACGCUGUGCAAGUCGCUCUGGCUUCCCCGGAGAAGGCUCAAGUCCUCGAGGAGGCCGUCCCAUAUGUCAUCCCCGUGAGCGAGUCCCUGCUCGAGUAUCUUGCACAGGAGGUCCUUAGCCCCGUGGCAAAAUCGUCCGACAUUGCAUACGUCGCUAUGACCACAGGCACCUCCGGCCUUGCUAAGAGUGUCGUUCUUGAUCAUUCAACUGUCAUGACCCGAGCCGAGUCAUUCGCUACCACCAUGGCGAUUGCCGAUGUCUCCAGGACUCUGCAGUUCGCAGCCCACACAUCCGAUGCAUUCAUCCUUGAGGCAUUCGGCACUUUCAUGUGGGGCGGUUGCGUCUGCAUCCCGGCUGAUAUUGACCCUGUUACCCUGGCUACCUCCAUCAAUGCGCUCCAUGUUAAUCUUGCUAGCAUCACUCCGACAGCCGCAAGCUUCUUCUCCCCAAACGAUGUUCCGGGUUUACGAUCCAUUGCCCUGGGCGGCGAGGUCGCUUUACAGAGUGUUCUGGACCGCUGGCGGACCGACGAUGUCCAACUGCAGGUUUUGUAUGGAACAUCUGAGAGCUCGGCUGCUUGCUUCCAUGUGUUCUGUUCUCAGGACGAAAACGAGGCUACCCUCAUCGGAAAGAGCACCUCUGCUGUUUCGUGGGUGGUUGACCCAUCCAACCACAAUUGUCUUGUUCCGAUCGGUAGUGUUGGAGAAUUGGUAUUAGAGGGUCCUGUGCUUGCUCAUGGCUACCUCGGUGACCAGUCCGUCGAGAGCUCCGAGUUCUUCAACAACGCUUCUUGGCUUGGUGAAAGGGGUGAACACCGCCUGUUCAAGACGGGAGAUCUUGUUCGAUACAAUUCGGAUGGCUCCCUGGUUUUCGUCGGCCGAAAGAACCAUAAGAAUGAAUCAGCCUUGGCUAGCGAGCUUAUUCGAACUCAGACACGCAUCGAUGCCUUCAUGGCUCACAAGCAAAAGGGCGUUGUGCAGAGCGUCCAUCUGGAAUGUGAUGAUCUGAGCCCCAAUGCCCUGGUUGCUUUUGUGGUUUCUUCGGACACCCCGGUCACUUUUGGUGACUGCGUCAUCCACUCCGCGACACCUAAACUGAAAGACUCUAUAUCUAUCCUGCACGCCAAUUUGAGUACCAGUCUUCCUGGUAGUAAGGUUCCAAGUUUCUACAUCCCCAUUUCCUCCCUCCCCUUAACUGUCUCUGGAAAGCUUAACCGGCAGGCUCUUAAAAUUGCAACACAAGCACUUUCGAGCAGUGCCCUCGAGGCUUUUGACAUAAAGCGCUGGCACGGAUCCAAGGCUGGUAACCGGACUUCCCGGCAUCCCAGCCUCUCUGAGGCCAACAUCGCUUUCUGGAAGGAGUAUCUCGCUGAUGUCGAACCCUGCGUUUUCCCAGCGCUCUCCCAUGAGGCAGUCGACAACGGUCGCUCCACCCGCACACUCAGCAAGCAAACAGCCAACAUCCAUGCCUUCAGCAGGUUGUCUGGCAUCCCUGCUGCAACUCUCUUCCAGUUCGCCUGGGCCGUUGUUCUCCGGUGGUAUACUGGCUCAGAUGAUGUAUGCUUUGGGUAUUCCGCCUCAGCUUCGGAGACAACAUCUGAAGCUGAAGGUGUUGCAGCCUGCCGUUUCCUUGUACAGAACGACCAAAAGUUGCAAGAGUGUCUACAAAAGGCAAAGGGAGACUCCGAGAAGAGAGCAUUGAACGUCGCUCCCUUGGACGCCGUCAAGCACCAGCUGGGCCUAGAUGAUACAACCCUCUUCAACACCUCCUUGAUUUAUCGCAUGGCUUCCAAUCUUCCCAAAGAAAGUACUCGUGACCCAUCCACCUCCAGUGCUUACAAGAUUUUGAUCGAAGCUGAAGUCUCGCAUUCAUAUGCCGAUAUCCACUUCAACUACUCCUCAGAAGCCCUUUCCUCCUUCCAGGCCAGCCAUGUUAUGGACAUGUUUGAUCAAGUGUUGGAUGAUCUGAUUGCUCGCAACCUCUAUGAUCGAACGGUCGCAGACAUCAACGUGUUACAUGAUCGGUCAGUUCGCCAGAUCCGCGAUUGGAAUGCCGCAUCACCUCCUAGAGUAGAGCAGUGCGCCGACGAGCUCAUUCAGCAGCAGGCCCUGCUUCAUCCUCGUGCGGAAGCUAUUUGUUCCUGGGACAAGAAUUUUACUUACGGACAGCUUGAGAUUGUCUCCAGUCGCUUGGCUCGCCAUCUCUCCAGUAUUGGAAUCAGGCCUGAAGUGUUCGUCGUCCUGUGCUUCGAGAAGUCAGCUUGGGCUGUAGUUGCCCAGCUGGCGGUCAUCAAGGCGGGUGGUGUUUUCGUCUCCAUUGACCCAACCCAUCCUGAUUCUCGACUGCAGAUGCUCAUCGAUGAAAUUGGCACCAAACUUGUUUUGUGCUCAUCUUCACUCCAUACGAAAGUUUCGAAGCUGUGCGAGAAAGCUUUCGCUGUCUGCCAGACUUCGAUCUCCCAACUUUCUGAUUCGCCUUUGGCCCUGUCUGGCAUUCGUCCUACCCCGAGCAAUGCCGCAUAUGCUAUUUUUACCUCUGGUACUACUGGAAAGCCAAAGGCGACGGUGGUUGAGCAUAUUGCCCUUAGCACCACCGCAAUCGCUAUGAUCGAUUCUCUGCACAUGAACUCGACAACCCGAGCUUUGCAGUUCUCUAACUACACGUUUGACGUCAGCAUCCUUGAGAUUAUGAUGACUCUCAUGACUGGCGGUUGUGUCUGUAUCCCCAGCGAGGAGGAACGUAUGAACAACCUGGGCGGUGCUAUCCGGCGUAUGGAGGCCAGCCUCAUGGCAGCACCUCCUGCUAUUGUCAAUACCCUAGAGCCGAAGAACGUCCCCACCCUCAAGGUCAUUAUUACAGGCGGCGAGAAGAUGCCCGCCAACCAUAUCGACCGUUGGUCAGACCGGUGCGUCAUCAAUGCGUAUGGUCCCUCCGAGGCCACUGUCGUUGCGACAGUUGGUGUCAAGGUUGAUUUGGAUGGUAACCGCGUCAACAACGACCCAACCUCCAUUGGAACAGCUUCAAAUUGCAGAGUCUGGAUCGUGGAUCCGCAUAACUCGCACCGCCUACUUCCCGUUGGCGCUGUGGGCGAAUUGAUCCUCGAAGGAAGCAACAUUGCCCGUGAGUAUCUUGCCAACGAGGAGAAGACCAAGGCCUCUUUCUUCCAAAACCCUGUUUGGAACCGCCACGCUGGAUUGCAGGGCGUGUUCAAACGAAGUGAUCGCAUGUACCGCACUGGUGAUCUUGUGCGCUACAACAGCGAUGGCAGUCUGGCCUUCAUCUCCCGCAAAGACACUCAGAUCAAAUUCAAUGGCCAAAGAAUUGAACUGGAGGAGAUCGAACAGCAAUGUCUCCGCUGUCUACCUGAGGAUUCUCAGGUCGCUGUUGAUGUCGUUGUUCCCGAGGAACGUACCAUCGCCAAGGGUCUCGCCGCAUUCUUCACUGUCCAUGAUCCAGAUUCCAACGGGGGCAGCAGCGACCAAUUCACUCCGACAAUUCCUGGGGCCGACCCACUGCUAUUGCCCAUAUCUGUGUUUAACAUGGAUGCCAUUCAAAAGUUGAAGAGCUCUCUACCUGACCUCCUCCCUCAGAGCAUGAUGCCCCGACUCUUCUUCCCCAUUCGCAACCUGCCGUUCACUUCCUCGGCGAAGAUCGACCGCCGAAGACUGCGGGCUAUGGUCCAAACCUUGUCCAAGGAAACGCUCAAGUCUUACAUUACCUUCGACACCUCUGACAGAAGGGAGGCUUCUUCAGCCACCGGCCUCGAGGUCAAACUUGUGGCCCUUGUGGAGAAGACCCUCGGGUUAGAAUCCGGCUCUGUGACGGCCGAUGACAGCUUCUUCGGUCUAGGUGGUGAUUCCUUGUCCGCCAUGAACCUCGUUGGUGCUGCUCAAGCAGAAGGUAUUGCACUUACGGUCUCGAGUAUCUUUAGCUCCCCAAUCUUGAUUGACUUGGCUAAGAGCUGCGUCCUGUCUGAUGGAGCUGCUGAAUUCAAGGGACAGAAUAUUAAGGAGUUCUCCCUGGUACCCUCUAAAGUCGACCUUGAGAGCCUGAUGGAGGAAGUCAUAGACACUUGCGAAGUAUCCCGCGACCUCAUCAGCGAUGUCUACCCAUGCAGCGCUGUGCAGGAAGGUCUUCUGACGCUCUCUAUCAAGCAUAACGGUGCUUACGUUGCUCAGCCCUCGUUCCGCCUUGCAGCUGGCAUUGAUGUCGGUAAAUUCAAACAGGCCUGGCAACAAACCGUUGCAGACUUGGAAAUUCUUCGCACUCGCAUUGUCCACACCGAAGCUAUGAACUUUGCACAAGUUGUCCUGAAGGAUGGCCCUAUCUCCUGGAUCGAAGCAGAGUCUUUCGAUGCUCUGCCCUACGACAUGAUUCACCUUCCCAAGCAAAAUGGCGCACCUCUAACUGGUUACGCCAUGGUACAGCCCCGUGGCUCCUCUGAUAGCUACUUUGUUUGGUCUGUUCAUCACGCCCUUUAUGACGGCUGGAGUAUUCCUUUGGUCUUCCGCAAGGUCGAAGAGAACUACUUUGCUUCGCAGACUAGGGGCGCUGGCACCCCGUACAGCCUCUUCAUUGACUACCUGGUCAAGAAGGAUAUGCAGGAGUCAGACGCUUUCUGGAGGUCUUAUCUGGCAGACCUGUCGAGCACUCCUUUCCCUCAUAACAAGAGUGCGGUCCCCGAUGCCAUGCGUGCUGGUAACACUCAGCACCACAGCAUGAAAAUUUCCCGCAGCCGCAACAGCGUCGACUUCACAAUCCCUGUCCUCAUGCGCGCCGCUUGGGCAAUCGUUAUUGCUACCCACACUGCAUCUGGUGAUGUCUGCUUCGGGGAAACUUUGUCGGGCAGAAAUAUCGAUCUUCCUGGUGUUGCAGAUAUUGCUGGUCCUCUUUUAACCACUGUCCCAACCCGUGUUCAGGUUGACAAUGACAUGUCAACCAUGGAAUAUUUGCAGAAGAUCCACCAGUCGACUACCGAGAUGAUCCCGCACUUACACUCUGGUCUUCAGCGUAUCCGGCAGCUGAACAAGGAUACAUCUACGGGCUGCGAUUUCAAAAACCUGCUUGUGAUCCAGCCAGGCGAUGGCGAGCUCGACAACAAGGUCUGGAUCGACGAAAAACGUCAAACAAGCGAAGACUUCUUCACUCACCCCCUUGUCGUCGAAUGCGGUGUCACCAAGACGAGCAUCUCAUUCACUGUCCACCACGAUGAGCUCAUCAUCAAUGGAUGGCAGACCAAGCGCAUCACCGAACAAUUUGCCCAUGUUCUCCAGCAAUUGAUCAACAUGCCUAAGAACAGUACGAGCAAGCUCGGAGAUCUGGAAGUCAUCAGCCCCGAGGACAAGGCUGAAAUUGGUACAUGGAACCAACGUACUCCCCUCACCUUGGAACGGACCGUUCAAGAUUUCAUUCGUGAGAAGUGUGAUGAGACUCCCAAUGCCCAGGCUGUGUGUGCAUGGGAUGGUGAUCUCACGUACGGAGAAUUCUGGAACCUCGCAUCCGGAUUCGCCAACUACUUGGUCUCUCGCGGAGUUGGCCCAGAAGUCUUUGUUCCAGUCUGCCUGGACAAGUCGGCUUGGGCAAUGGUCACCCUCAUCAGUAUUCUCAUCGCAGGUGGUGGCUAUGUGCCUCUGGAUCCUUCUCACCCUACCUCGCGACACGAGGAAAUUCUCGCCGACGUUGGUGCGAACAUGAUAUUAUGCACUCCUAACUAUACAAACCGCUACAGCCGGGUUGUGAAGACGGUCAUCCCUAUUAGCAAGGAUACCAUCAAGGCAUAUGGCUGUCUCAAGUCGAGUGUUCGUCCCCGAACUGAGGUCAAACCCUCCAAUAUGGCGUAUGCUCUAUUCACCUCCGGCAGCACUGGUCGAGCAAAGGGAAUUAUUGUUGAGCACCGCAACGUGGUCAGCAGUAUCAUGGCAUUUGCGCCUUGGGUUCGCAUGGAUGCGACCUCAAGAGUAUUCCAAUUCGCCUCCCUCACUUUCGAUGCUGCUGUUAUGGAGACUCUUGCCAUUCUCAUGGUGGGAGGUACCAUCUGUGUUCCUAGCGAGGAUGACCGUCUCAACGAUGUUGCCGGUGCAAUCCGUCGACUGAAUGUUACUUGGACUUUCCUCACCCCCUCGAUUGCAAGCAUCAUUGAGCCCACCUCCGUGCCUUCUCUGAAGCACCUUGUUUGUGGCGGUGAGAAGAUGUCUAACGAAGUCAUCACCAAAUGGGCCAAUUCGGUUCACCUCAUGAACGGCUACGGACCGACCGAGACCUGCGUCUUUGCUGUGAUUGAUACUACAGUGGCCACCAACCGUGAUCCAGGGCGUAUUGGUUACGGUAUCCCCAGCACUCUCACUUGGAUUGUUGACCCCGACAACCACGAUCGAUUGACUCCCUUGGGCGCAGUCGGUGAACUUGCACUAGAAGGUGCUCCUUUGGCUAGAGAGUACCUCAAGAAUCCCGAGAAAAACGCAGAAGCAUUCACCUCGGACCCUGCCUGGAUCAAGGACUUCAUGCCCGCGGUCCCAGGUCCUCGCCGAAUCUACAAGACUGGCGAUCUUUGCUACUACAACCCUGAUGGUUCUAUUCAGUACAUCAGCCGGAAGGAUCACCAGGUCAAGUUGCAUGGUCAGCGAAUGGAGCUUGGUGAGAUCGAGCAUCGCCUUUCUGAGGAUGCUCUUACCCGCCACGCUAUCGUCGUCCUACCUAAGAGUGGCCCGCUUAAGCAGCGCCUGGUCACUGUCAUGUCUCUGAACAGUGUCGCAGCCGAUAUGAAGCUAAUUUCUGACAAGCCCUGCGAGCUUGUUGAUGAGAAUGAGCUUGAGCAUCAUGCUUACAACGAGCUAGUCGCGGUCCAGCAGAAUCUUGAGAACCAGCUGCCGAUUUACAUGGUCCCGCAGACUUGGGCUCUGAUCAAGAAACUUCCCAUGUUGGUUUCUGGAAAGCUCGACAGGAAGAAGAUCACUGCCUGGGUGGAGGAUAUUGAUGAUGCAUCCUACGAGCGCAUCAUGGCAGAUUAUGAUCGCAUCAAGCGUGGCAAGACCGAAGAGAAGCCACAAGAAAGGGAACAGACGAAUGGGUCGCUCAAUAUCGUCCGCGAAAUUUUCGCACAAGUAUUGAAUGUCUCCCUACAGAAGGUCAAUGUGGACCGCUCUUUCGUCAGCUUGGGCGGCGACAGCAUUACUGGAAUGGCUGUCAUUUCUCAUGCUCGCAAACAGGGACUCAUUCUGACACUACACGACGUUUUGCAGAGCGGAUCGGUGAAACAACUUGCUCAAACUGCCAGGUCCAAGGCACCUGUCUCUCGACGCGAAGAGAAGUCUGGUGAAGGCUUUGCGCUUUCGCCUGUCCAAAGGCUCUACUUCCAGAGCUCAGACUCGUACAAGGGUGAUGCUCGUUUCAACCAGAGCAUCACUGUUCGCAUCACUCGCCGUUGUGAGGGCGAGGUGCUCAAGCGAGCUCUCAAGACUGUUAUUAGCCAGCAUGCCAUGUUCCGCGCACGAUUCAGCAAAGUUAGUGGCGGUACCUGGCAACAGAAGACUACAGCGGAGGUCGAUGACUCUUUCCGGUUCCGCGUUCACUCUGUGCAGGAUACCCGGGCGAUGGUUCCUAAGGUUGCUGAGAGCCAAACUAGCCUAGAUCCGGUCAAUGGACCUAUUCUGGCAGCCGACCUCUUCAACGUUCGCACCGGUGGUCAGGUCUUAUUCCUCGUUGCUCACCACCUCUGCAUUGAUAUGGUAUCAUGGCGCAUAGUGCUCCAGGACCUUGAAGAGUUGGUUGUCUCUGGAUCUCUUUCACUCGAAAAGGCACUGUCCUUUCAAAGCUGGUGUGCCAUGCAGACCGAGAGAGCCAAGACACACGAUGCGACUAUUGCUCUGCCUUUCACCCCUGAGAAGCCCAACCUGCCUUACUGGGGCAUGCAAGGCUCGCGCAAUGUGUAUGAAGAUAUCAAGAUGGAAUCCUUCACGUUGAGCGAGGAUACUACCAAGUUUAUUCUCGAUGGCUGCCACAGUGUCUUCGGGACUGACACUGUUGACAUCUUGCUGUCUGCCAUCGUUCAUUCCUUCAGUCGCACUUUCACCGAUCGCAAGGUUCCAACUAUUUACAACGAAGGACAUGGCAGAGAACCUUGGGAAGCCGACAUUGAUCUUUCGAGAACAGUUGGCUGGUUCACUACAAUGGCGCCUUUGCUGGUCGAUUCGGAAGCUCGUGCUCUCAACGACAUUAUCAAGCGUGUCAAGGAUACUAGACGCAAGAUCGCGGACAAUGGACGUCCUUACUUUGCCAAGAGCCUACUCCAGGACCAGGCUGCCGAUUUCCCUGUCCCAUUGGAAAUCCUUUUCAACUACUUGGGUAAAAUGCAGCAGCUUGAGCGAGCCGAUUCGUUGUUCCACCACCAUGGUAGUGUCUUCGAUAGCUCAGACUUUGCUGUUGCAGGUGAUAUGGGCCCCCAGACUGCUCGUUUUGCUCUCUUCGAAGUGUCUGCCAUUGUUAUCAAGGAACGCCUCAAUGUUGCUUUCACCUACAGCAACAGAAUGCAACAUGAGGGCUCAAUUCGCCGCUGGAUUCUCCAGUGCAAACAGACUCUCGAGAAGGAUAUCCUCACACUAAAGGCGGCUACUCCCGAGCCCACUCUCAGCGACUACCCCCUGCUGCCAAUCAACUAUCAUGACCUCCAGAUGCUCACCACGAGCACCUUCCGCAAGGCUGGCAUUCGGAACAAGGAUCAUGUGGAGGACAUCUACCCCUGCUCUCCCAUGCAGGAGGGCCUCUUGCUCAGCCAGCUCCGCGAUCCUAAUGCUUACAUGUUCCAUACUGUGUUUGAGAUCAAGGAUGGCAAAUCUGGAAAGGUCGAUGCGGAACGAGUCGCUCGCGCGUGGCAAGCCCUCGUCGAGCGUCAUCCUGUCCUAAGAACUAUUUUCAUUGAUAGCAACUACACUGGUGGAUCUUUCGAUCAACUGGUGCUCAAAGACCUUCGAGACAAUAUCCUUCGCGUGGAAUGUCAAGACUCACAGGCCGAGGAGAAGUUGGCUGCUGUAUCCCUUCGUGACCUGAACGCGAUACGACAAGCGAAGCUUUCUCACCAAAUGACCGUCUGCAGAACAAACACCGGACGUGUGAUCCUGAAGCUGGAGAUUAACCAUGCCAUUAUCGAUGGUGGCUCGGUGGAUGUACUCCUCCGUGACUUAACUCUCGCCUACGAGAGAAAGAUUGCCGAGGGCUCAGGACCUCGCUUCAGCGACUACAUCAAGUUCAUCAGAACUCAGAGCCAGAGUGAUGCUCUCGGUCACUGGAAGCAAUACCUCGGGGGAGUUCACCCAUGUCACCUCGCUCCCACGGCUGGGUUCGAAGCCAAGAGGGAACUCAAGGGUGUCAUGAUGAACUUCCAGCGAUUCCCCGAGCUGCUUAAAUUCUGCGAGCGCAGCUCUGUGACUCUCGCCAACUUGACCCUGUCCGCCUGGGCAAUAGUCCUACGACAAUUCACUAACUCAGAUGACGUUUGUUUUGGAUAUAUUUCUGCCGGUCGCGAUGCACCUGUCGAUGGCAUUCAGGACAUGGUUGGCAUCUUUAUUAACAUGCUUUGCUGUCGAGUCCAGUUCUCUGACCAGCAAACACUGACGGAUGUGUCCAAGAAUGUUCAAGAUGAUUAUAUUCGAUGCAUCCCCCACCAAAGCUGCUCUCUGGCGAGCAUCCAGCAUGAGCUUGGCUGGCAGGGACAGUCCCUCUUCAAUACUACCUUGUCAAUUCAAAAUCACUCUGUUGCGGGUGGUCCCAAGGACAAGGGAUUGUCCUUCGAUCUUCAGCACGCACAUGAUCCCAGCGAGUAUGCGGUUACUGUAAACGUCGAGAUUGCCCGGGGCCAGGAGGGUAUUCUUUUGAGAUACUGGAACGAUAUUGUGUCUGACGAUGAGGCGCAGACUUUGGCUGACACCAUCGCCAAAGUAUUCACUGGCUUCAUUGAAUCUCCAUCUGCGACCCUGUCGCAGUCCACAUUUGCUCCCGAGGCUGAACCCGAGUCAGUGAAUUGGGAUCACUCCCAAACGACACUGGCUGAAAAGGCAAAGUCUACUGGCGAUGCAAUUGAUAGCACUACUAUUCAGAAAAUUAUUGAUGAUCGUGUUCAUGAGAUUAUUGGUCGGAUGUUGAGAGAAGGAAAACUGUCGGUACCUCCCAUUCGUACAGAUGGGUUGUCGAGCUUUGGUGGUCGCACUGAUACCACAGCCGAAUCACGGUAUCAGUUAGGCAUGGAAGGAGAAGAUGAUUUGAGUGGUUCUUCGGGAACUUCCCGUUCCAGUGAGGAUGGGAUAUCGGCUGAGGUGGAAAGAAAAUUAUGGAAUCUUUGGAGCACAGCUCUUGGUCUCUCGCCCAACGUGGUGAGACACCAGGACAGUUUCUUCAAGUUGGGUGGUGACAGCAUCAUCGCUAUGAAGAUGGUCAGUGCCGCUCGCGAAGAGGGACUGGUCCUUACUGUUGCAGAUGUCUUCAACAAUCCUGUUUUCGAGGACAUGCUGGCAACAGUGCAAGCCGCCAAUGUCACUCAGCAAAUUCUAAAUGUCGAUCUGAAGUCUGGUGGCCACAAGGAGGUUGAUACUGAUUUAAUCAACAUCACACCAACGACACUGGGGCCCAGCCCCUCUUGUGAGAGCCUCGAGGUUCUCAGGCCAUCGUGCGUCGACGAUGCCGCGGUGCAAAGCGGUAUUUGUCCUAAGAUUGGUGUCUUCAAGGGUGGCAUCGCCGAUGUUCUCCCUGUCACCGACUUCCAGGCGAUGUCUCUGACGGCAACUCUGUUCAAGUCCCGAUGGAUGCUCAACUACUUCUAUCUGGAGGGCAAUGGUCCUCUGGAUCUGAGACGCCUCCGCGAGAGUUGCUUGAAGGUUGUCGCUGCGUUUGAUAUUUUGCGCACAGUCUUUGUGUGCUUCCAUGACCAGUUCUUCCAGGUCGUGCUGCGCAAGAUUCGUCCCAGCAUUUUUGUUUACGAGACCGAUCGCGCUCUAGAUGAAUUCACCAUGACCCUUCAACAGAGAGAUCGCGAAUAUGGCCCCCGCGAAGGCGAGCAGUAUGUGCAGUUCUAUGUUGUCAAGAAGAAGGGCAGCGACCAGCAUCGUAUCUUGGUCCGCCUCUCUCACACUCAAUACGAUGGAGUGUGCCUGCCGAAGAUUAUGGCUGCCAUUAAGCAUGGAUAUGAAGGCACCCCGCUGCCUCCAGUUACUCCCUUCGCCGGCUACUUGCGACAGUUGCCAGGGACAAUCACCCCAGACCAUUAUCGCCACUGGACCAAUCUUCUCAAGGGCUCUCGCAUGACCCAAGUCGUCCACAGAAAGGGUACCGGCAUGUUCCAGAACGUUGGAGCAUUCACCGAGGUUCACAGAAAGAUUGAGAUCUCGCCCACUGCCCUUGGAAAUGUGACUAUCGCAACUGUCAUGCAAGCUGCUUGGGCCCUGGCUCUUGCCAAGCUGUCUGCUCAGUCCGAUGUUGUCUUUGGCCUGACCAUCAGCGGUCGCAACGCCACAGUGCCCGGUAUUGAAAACACUGUUGGCCCCUGCGUCAAUGUCAUCCCAGUGCGCGUGAAGCUCAGUGAUAACUGGACCGGUGUCGACCUCUUCCGCUACCUCCAAGACCAGCAGGUUUCCAAUAUGCCUUUCGAGUCUCUUGGCUUCCGUGAGAUCAUCAAGCAAUGUACCGACUGGCCUGACUGGACCUACUUCACUACCUCAGUCUUCCACCAGAACGUCGACUACGAGGGAACCCUGGAGCUUGACAACAACAAAUACCGUAUGGGGGGAGUCGGCGUCAAUGACAACCUAGCCGACCUAACCAUGGUUUCUCGCCCCUCCGGUGAACGUGGUCUCGAUGUCACACUUGGAUACUCUGAAAAAGGACCUGUGAUGCCAUUCUUCGCAACCAAAGUUCUCGACAUGGCCUGCGAGAUUGCCCAAUCCCUCGUCGCAAACCCGAGCGCCUCUCUGCCCUCAGCAAGCAUGCUGCGUUCUCUGCCGCCCCAGACAAUUGACGACCUGCCCCGACCAACGGAUGAGCACUUCCUCAGCGCCCACCUCAAGUCGCGCUCCAUCGCAGAGCUGCUUGUGCAUUCGGACAUUCUCUCUCGCUCGUGGCACCAGGUCCUACCCAAUCGCACGACCACGGCUCGCGUCGACCCGGAAGCUGACAAGCCAGCCCACGAAUCUGCCUUCCAGUUGGAUUCGUCCUUCUUUGAUCUUGGUGGUGAUGUCUUCAACCUAGGCCAGCUUACCUGGCUUCUUGAGCAAGAGGGCCUCAAGGUCCGUCUUGAGGAUCUUAUUGAGCACCCCUCCUUCCUGGGCCAAAUGGCCGUCCUGGCUUUGCAUAACGCUAAGCACCAGGAUGAUAUCCCAACAGAGCUUCUUGCUACCGGUGCCGCAUCGCCUGAUCCUGUCUCUCGCGUUGAAAAGAAGAAGACAUGGGCGAAGGCUAUGACCAUUGCACGAAGACUGACUGGUCGAAACAACGUGAUUUCCAGUCGAACUUGA